GCUAGAGAGAGAGAGAGAGAGAGAGAGAGAGGAUGGGGAGAAAAGCAUGUUGCCCUAAGGAAGGGCUCAACAGAGGAGCAUGGACAAGCCAUGAAGAUAAGCUGCUCUCAGAAUACAUCAUGGCUCAUGGAUUAGGGAGAUGGAGAAGCUUACCUGCAGAUGCUGGGUUGAAUAGGUGUGGGAAAAGUUGCAGGUUGAGAUGGCUGAAUUAUCUGAGACCAGAUAUCAAGAGAGGGAACAUCACACAGGAAGAAGAGGACUUGAUCAUUAGGCUCCAUAAGCUACUAGGCAAUAGAUGGUCCUUAAUAGCAGGAAGGUUACCAGGGCGAACAGACAAUGAAAUAAAGAACUACUGGAAUACAUACCUCAGAAAGAAGGUAUUUGGCGGCGACGGAGAAUCUUCACCAAAGGCUAAGAAAAGAUCAUCUGCAAAACAUAACACCGAGUCGAGUGACGACUCGAGCGUGAACAUAGUUCGAACCAAAGCCGUAAGAUGCACUAGAUCCCACUUUGCUGAUCUUGCUCCCAACCAAAUACUGGAUCAAGAUGUUGGUGGUUUUUGCACAGUCGACAAUAAUAUGCAAAACUUAUUGUUCCCUCAAACACCUACUGAGAGUUCUUAUGUGAGUUACGAUAGUUUCGAAAACAACUAUGGAGUUAUCGAUAUCGACCCUCUUACAAUAAAAGAUAUCUCCGGUUGCAUGAGACAAGAGGAGGAUGAGGAACUCUUCUCUUUGAUUGACAAUGAUGUAUGGGACCUCCUAGAAUUGCCCAACAAGAAAUACAAACUGCAGAGAGAUUGAUCUUCAAUUUUGCUGCUGGCAAUAAUGACUAAUCAGGGCUCUCCUCAAAUAAAGUUACGUACUUGAUGAGAAGCAUCGAGAGAGGAAUAGCUUCAUCUAGUUUAAUAUUUACUUUGUGCUACUACCAAAUUCUGUGACUUCAAUUCUGCCAGCUUUAUCAUCUCAAGGUAUGUACUCCUAUAAGUCACCUUAGUUUCCCUUUGAUGACGACAUAUCCAUGUAAAAUGUUUUUGACAUAAACAUGUUUGGACUAG